GUACAACGCCAAAUUGACUGCUUGACCCAAGAUGGCGCAAUGGCGGCGGUUCGCGUUCUUUGAGAAGGAGCUCCUGAAGGACCAGAAUGGGCUGUGGCUUCGAGGCAUCGACGUCACGAGCAUGAGCGGCAACCGUGGGUUGCUUGUCAUUGGGGAUGCGUCGGGGCUCAUUCACAUGGCGAAUCGGCAGUUGGAGACGCGGGCGUUUCGCGCGCACGACCACUUUGUCUCCCAUGUGAUCAUGAUGAAGAAGGCCAACUUGUUGGUGUCCAUCGGCGACGGCAAGGACCCGCGGGACCCCGAGUUGAUCAAGGCGUCCAAGGCCAUCGCCGAUGCUUCGCGCACCCAAGCGCAGCAAGACGAGGUUCCCCAACCAUCUCCUUCUCUCUACAUGUCCCCUCUCGUCUCACACCUUCAUUGCAGCAACUGUUCACGGCAUCCGACAGCCAGGGAAGCACGGCGCUCGUCAAGAUUUGGCGCACGGACCAGCAGGACCGCGACGGGAAGCCCAAGCUGCUCCAGCAGAUCAAGAUCUUCGCCAAGUUCCCAGAGGAAGCCGUGACCGCGUUCUCCGUGUCGGACGACUUGGCCCAGAUCGCCGUCGGUCUGCUCAACGGCGCGAUCAUCCUCUUUCGAAGCGACGCCAAGCGCCGGUCCGACAAACCGCCGCUUCUGCUGCAACCUGCGACACAGUACCCUGUGACAUCGCUCCAUUUCGCGACCAAACUCAACGUGCCGACGCUGUACGCCGCCACCAAGCGCGGCCUCACAUGCUACCACUGCGACGACUCGUCCAGAUCCGGCGGCAUGCCCCGGUCCGUGGUGCUAGACGAGCGCGGCGUAGCUCUGCACUGCGGCGCCGUGAGCGAAGAUGGCGAUAUGGCCGUGGGCCAGAGCGACGCCGUCUACUUCUACACGCCAGAAGACCGCAGCGUGUGCUUUGGCUUUGACGGGGACAAAAAGUACUUGGGUUUUUUCAAGCAGUACCUACUCGUGGCGCAUGUAGACCCGCGGGGCCGCCACCAAGUCAACUUGUAUGACCUCCAGAACAAGUUCAUUGCAUUCAACUGGACCCUGACCAACACGGCCAAGGGCGGCGGCGGCGGCGGCGGACGCUUUGGCGACGACGCUGCCGAGGAGAUCCGCCAUGUUGUGAGCGAGUUUGGCGCUGUGUUUGUGCAGAGCUCGCUCGGGUACGUGUACCGGCUGCUGGAGGUGGACACGACGUCCAAGCUGGACAUUUUAUUUCGCAAACAUCUGUACUCGAUCGCGAUUUCGCUGGCUUUUAGCUCGAAUUACGACCUUACGAGUAUCAUGGACAUCUUCCGCGCGUACGGAGACCACCUGUACCAGAAAGGAGACUUUGACGGAAGCUUGAGGCAAUAUGCCCGUACAAUUGGUUAUGUCGAGCCGUCGUACGUGAUUCGGCAAUUUCUUGACGCCCAGCGCAUCCACAAUCUGACGACGUACCUCGAGGCGCUGCAUGCCAAAGCGUUUGCCACGUCCGAGCACACGACGCUGCUAUUGAAUUGCUACACCAAGCUCAAAGACGUCAAGAAGCUCGACUCGUUCCUUCUCAUUGACGACGACCCGAAAGAGAAGAAGCAGCCGCUGACAUUUGACGUGGAGACAGCACUUACAGUGCUAAGGGACAAUUACCCCACCCACGCAUUAACAUUAGCGAAAAAGCAUCACGAACACUCGUGGUAUCUCAAGAUCCAACUGGAUCGCAUUCACUCUGAAACUCUGAGCGAGUCGGACCAGGCGCGGGUCCUCGACGCCCUCACGUAUAUCGAAGGUCUGAGCUUUGGAGAAGCGAAUUUGAACCUGCGCAAGUACGGCCGUACGCUGGUGACGCAUGUACCUGGCCCAACCACCGAAUUACUCAAAGCAUUAUGCACGGGAAGGUUCCACGACAGCACCGACAAGGCCGACCCAGCCAACUUUUUGCAUCUGUUUGUGUCCCAUCGCGCCCAGUUACGUGAAUUUUUAGAGUAUAUUGUGGAUGUCGAGACGGUGGCGAACCCCCAGAUCGGCAACACGUUGCUCGAGAUGGUGCUGGGCGACGUGGGGCGUUCGCCAGCCACGGCCGAAGAAGACGCGGAAGACAAGCCAAUUAUAAUGGCGACGAACGAGGCCGCCGUGCUCGCGCUGCUGGACAAUCCCCGCGUGAAAUACGACGAAGACCACGCGCUCAUUCUCAUGCAAAUGCACGGGUUAAAGCAAGGCAAGCGUUACUUGUACCAGAAGCUACACAUGUACCACAUGCUUCUACAGCAUCACAUGGAAGAAGGCGACGAUUUGGCCGUACUGGACCAAGUCAAGCAGCAUGGCGAGUCGAAUCCAAACCUGUGGCUGCUGGCGCUCAAGUACUUUAGCGACCAGAAGGACCCAGGGCAUCUACAGACGCUGCUGUCUUGGAUGAUGGACACGUCCGUGCCGGCGCCGCCGAUCCCGCCGCUCCAGGUGGUGGCCAUCUUGAGCCAGGCGCGGGACCUGCCGCUGUCGGUCGUACGGCCGUACGUGGUGAGCCAGCUCAAGCAAGAUCAAGCGCAUAUUGACAAGGAGAAGGGCGAGAUCAAGAAGUUCCAGCAGGAUACCGCCAAAAUGCGCGCGCAGGUGACGGCGCUGUCGUCGAAAGCCAUGGUGUUUCAAGCCACCAAGUGCGAUCUAUGCAGCCACGACCUGGACCUGCCCGUCGUGCACUUUAUGUGCGGGCACUCGUUUCACCAGAAUUGCAUUUCCGAGACGGACCGCGAGUGCAUGACGUGUGGCCCCGAGCACCGCCAUUUCGUGGCGCUCCAGUCGUCGCUGCAAGCGAAAGCGUCGAAUCACGAACUGUUUUUCAACCAAUUGGAGACCGCCACGGACGGGUUCAACACCAUCGCAGAGUACUUUGGCAAGGGAAUUUUCAAACCCGUGGACGACGACGACGACGAUGAAAACCGUGUCGCAGAAAGUGUCGGUAGCAACGAACGGUUUAGCAACGAGUAUUAACCGUCCAGCUACUAAGGAUGAGAUUUCAUAUAUUGUCGAUUUGAUAGUACAAAUUUGGGGACGGGGUGCAAUCGA